GACGAUGACGUCACCAGUCAGAGCACUCCACUGUGGCACGCACGCCUGGUGACGUCGGUGCGCUGUGUCCCGGAAGUGCGGCGCCUCCUGGUUACCUGCGGAGUAGUAUUCUCGAACACUGGGAUCCGGACCUUGCUGUGAAAAUGAAUGCAGAAUUUUUGCAGGAACUUAUGACUAAAGACUCGAAUUCAAAAGUUGUUUGCCAGCUCGGCCUACAAUCAAGUAUAAAUUAUCUCAGUCUCCAGACCACCAUGAUGAGCGAAGUAUUUAGUAAGUUCCCUGAAGUCCUAUUGAUGAUCCGCUCCUACAACGUUGAGCAAAGAGCUCUGUACACUUUUUUGGCAGAUGGGCCAUGUGUUAGUGCACCCUUUGAGAUAACCAGAAUAGUCCAUGUUGCUAUACCUCCUAACGAGACCCCAAAGGGACUUGCAGUUAUGUUCCACAUCAUGAAAGAACUCAACCCCUCUUGGCCUUUGAUUCAAGUAUUUUUGGUGGAUCCUGAUUUCACAGACCUUAAGUCCAUCCAUGAGGCCUUUCCCUCUGCUCAGGUGGUCCUUUCCGCCUGCCAUGUCUAUGCACACAUCCAGCAAUAUAUCCACGACCUCUUCCUACCAGAGAAGGCCAAGAACAUCCUGCUUACUGCUCUGAAAAAUACAGUGUGUUGUGCCACGGAAGGAAAUCUAAAGAGUAUGCGCCAGAUACUGCAGCGUUUUGUAGAUGCAUGCAAAUGCAUCCGUAUGUUAAUGCACAUGAAGCCAGACUGGCUCCUGACCGAUCGGAUCUGGGCACUGCACCGCUGGAGAAGUUGGAAUGAUUGCUCUCAGUAUUUUAGAAUGGUGGGGACCUUGACCUGUGAGUUGAAUGCGGUCUUCAAAACAUCACCUUGUUUGAUAACGACCACGAGAGGUUUCAUUUCAUUUCUCUUGGGGCAGACUGUGGGGAAAAAUCUACCAGAACCCCGGGCCUGUAGUCCCGAAGAAUUAGCAUUAAUAAAAUGCAAAGUGGAGACAUCUGAAAGUGUAGCGCUUGGACCCCAGAUGGAGCCUGAAGCGGCAGCGUUGAUGUGCACGUCGCUGAAUGAUAUCUGUAACCCUGCAGCCCUCGGACUCUGCCAGAACGAACUGGAAGUUACCCAGAAAUCCUUCAAACUUGUGGGGACCACUGAAGACACAGUGUGUGUUCAGAUCCUUGAGAACCCAAAUAUGGUUAGUUUUGGAGUACAAAAGACCUGCACGUGCGGCUUUUAUCAAAGCACCCAGCUUCCCUGCCGCCACAUCCUGUCUGUGCUCAAUGCCAGCGAGGAGAUCCUACAGCCGGAUAUGCUCCACACGCCCUGGAGGAAGCAGGCUAAUGGACUGAAAUCCACGUCCCCUAUGGCACCAGAAACCCUGGAAAUCAUGAAGGCCAAAGGGAACAAUGUCUCAGAAGCACAGCUCCUUGCUAACUCGUUGACGAGCCAGAUAUCGGUGCUACUAGCAGAGUGCAGUGAGGAGACAUUUCAGCACCGCUAUAAUACUCUAAGGGAACUGGCAGACGCAUGGAUUGGGCCCUAUGAUCAAGUGAAGCUUUAGAAUGGGGUCCGCUCUGUAACACUGAGGUUCGGGUGUACGGUUGUAAA